UGGGGCCACCAUGGCCGCGGCCAUCGCCAGCGGCUUGAUCCGCCAGAAGCGGCAGGCGCGGGAGCAGCACUGGGACCGGCCGUCUGCCAGCAGGAGGCGGAGCAGCCCCAGCAAGAACCGCGGGCUCUGCAACGGCAACCUGGUGGAUAUCUUCUCCAAAGUGCGCAUCUUCGGCCUCAAGAAGCGCAGGUUGCGGCGCCAAGAUCCCCAGCUCAAGGGUAUAGUGACCAGGUUAUAUUGCAGGCAAGGCUACUACUUGCAAAUGCACCCCGAUGGAGCUCUCGAUGGAACCAAGGAUGACAGCACUAAUUCUACGCUCUUCAACCUCAUACCAGUUGGACUGCGUGUUGUUGCCAUCCAGGGCGUGAAAACAGGCUUGUAUAUAGCCAUGAAUGGAGAAGGUUACCUCUACCCAUCAGAACUUUUUACACCUGAAUGCAAGUUUAAAGAAUCUGUUUUUGAAAAUUAUUAUGUAAUCUACUCAUCCAUGCUGUACAGACAACAGGAAUCUGGUAGAGCCUGGUUUUUGGGAUUAAAUAAGGAAGGGCAAGCUAUGAAAGGAAACAGAGUAAAGAAAACCAAACCAGCAGCUCAUUUUCUACCCAAGCCAUUGGAAGUUGCCAUGUACCGAGAACCAUCUUUGCAUGAUGUUGGGGAAACGGUCCCGAAGCCUGGGGUGACGCCAAGUAAAAGCACAACUGCGUCUGCAAUAAUGAAUGGAGGCAAACCAGUCAACAAGAGUAAGACAACAUAGCCAGAUCCUCACAGGUGUUGUGACUUAUUUGUCCUGAGCACAGUUGAGUGAUUUAUCCUCACCAGACAUUCCCGCUCUGUGGCUGAGGAGCGGCUGGAAGUAAGCUAAUGCUUGCUCUUCGCUGUCUCUGAACUUCUCUGUUGCAAGUGGAUAAAUCUCAACCUGUCGCGCCCCCCACAACAAGAAGACACCUGGAUAACCAGCUAAACUCAGACCAUGGAAUGCCCUACCAGAUAUGGAAUGCCUUUUUAAUAUCUUUUCUGUGACUGUGACACUUCAUGUGAAUGACAUACUUCACAAGUACACUCGAUACCUUGCCUGCUGACAGCUACCCAUAAUCCUUUUUGAGUCCUGUUUCAGCGAAAUCUAUGUGUUUAAGUUCAUUUUUGUAGCACACAAAUAAUAUUGAGUAAUUUCUAGUUAGACGCUGUAAAGCUGUGCUACUAUGGAUUUCUCUUCUUCCCAUUUUUACAGGGCUGCUCGCUCCACUGUCUGUGACCCUUUCGCAGGGAUUGUGUUCCUCUAAAUCUUAAAUGUUGCAGUUGGCUUAGAUCAGAGAGCAAUCAGGGAAUCAGGAAGCCUUCUAAACCUAUUAUUACAAAUUGCAUCUAUCAAGAUUAAGAUUGUCGUCUCUGGCUCACACUAUCGAUUAAACACACAUAUACGCUCUAUCCAGUAGCAGAUACUGUGCUCCCAAGGUCGGCGUUGCCUGGGUGGGAAAUGGCUCAAACACAAUCCAGGGAAGCUCUCUAUGAUGUGUGUUUGACAUCCCCCUCUAGUUUCUUUGUGUGUGUGUGUUUUAUACAUAUCACAAGCUUACUGGUAAUGGUAACAUUUGCCUUGCCCAGCGAGCAAGACCCACUGGUUUUUGAGAAAGUGGGUCCAAAGAUUUCUGUAGGCCUUGUAGGCCUGAUUAAGGUUCAUUUUUCAUCUAUUAAUUCUCAUUAUUUGGAACAAAAAAAAAGGAAAAUUAAUAAUUACAACCUUAAUAAUUACAACCUACAAGAAUUGCGCUACCUAAAUCCAUUUCAGAUAUACUCCUUCCUGUUUUUAAUGAACCAGACUUAACGCCAUCCCCGUUUCUGGCUGCGUUCCCCUCAUACUCAGCAGAGCAUGGGCAAGACGGCUGUUGUGUUCUUUCCUGCAGCAGCAAUGCAAACAUUAGUUAUAAAUUAAUUAGACUUCUUUAAUAUUUUUGGUGUUUAAUGACAAGUUUUUAAACUGGACAUAUUAGGAAAAAAUAUUUUUUUUAGCUCAGCAUGCUGAGUCCGGUACUGUGUAGUUCACCAGUACAUGCCUCUAACUCAGCAUUUGGGGCCCAUGCUGCCCAGUGGCUGGGUUAGAGGUGCCUUGCCAUGAUCUCAGAAUACAGUCUGUUGAAUUAUCCUAGAUGAAAAUAAAGGCAAACCAACAUAUUCAUCCAUUACGAUUUUGGUCCAUUGCGUUUAUUACCUUUUGUUUUAUUUUGCAUUCUUAAUUUCCUUUUUAAUUUAAUACUGUUUGAACUCUGAGCUUAGGGAAGACUACUACCAAGAAAGGCCAGGAACAGUUGACUACGCAGUGAAGAGUCCAUGCAAAAUGUUCAAUAUUGGAUCUAAAGGGUUUCAAAAUGUUUCACACUAAACUGUUUGGGAAUCUAUUUGUUAACUCUGUGUACACCUAAUAAAAUUCAAUGUUUUCUUCUCAGAAGAGUUCAUUGAGACCAAACUGAACCUCAUUUAUUGAAAAUUAUAUGUGGGAUCAAUGUACUGGCCUCUUGUUAUUCUUUCUCUCUGGGAGGAUGGCCCGGUUGUCAUUUUCCCCAUCUGCACUGUAUUUAUUGGGAAAUUAUUUUGUCACUGCUUUCAUAAAUCUUCAUGACAGCCCUUGCCCAGCAUUAAAAAAUUCUGGCCUGCUUAGCUGAUUAAAGGUUUAGUAUAAAUUUAACUGUUUAUGCUUAUUUCAUUUUCAUAUUGGAUUCUACUUGAAUAAAUAAAAAGUUAGCAGAACGUUUGAGUAGAUUUAUUGUCAAUGAUGCUAAAUUACAAAUACGAAGAAAAUUAGUCCUUUGGUCAUGUCUGAUUGGGUGUUAUGUCAUUUUGAAGGCUAUUGUUUUUAACGGGAUCAGUUAAAAUAUAUUAGAUAAAUUCUAUUAACCAAUUAUUUUCAGAAAACAUAUACCCCAUAAUAUGUGGCAAACUAUGGGUACUUUUUAACUUGUAAUCCAAUCAAAUGGGCUUAAUAGACACUACUUACAGCAUCUCUCUCUCUCUCUCACUCACACACACACACACACGCACACACACACGCACGCACGCACACAGCAAACGACGCCAUCUGUUAUUGAUAAUCAGCCCUACAUGCUGGUUUCUUUUUCCCCUGCAAGUCUGUUUAUUGUUUUAAAUUAAGACAAGAUUUAUUUUUGUAAAUGACUGAGAUUUAUGUAAAUGUGUACCUCUGUUGUGUUUUAUAUACGGGGUGUCUAUAAGGGCAUUUAUCCCUAUGAAGGAUGUCAAAUACUUUCUUCUAAUAUAUGUUUAGACAUAUUGCAGAGGGGUCCUUGUUAUUUGUAAUUCAGUUAGGUCAUUUACUUUGUGUCUGGUCUCACCUGUUGCAUGGGAAGAGGGCAGCACUGAUGAACUGCAUGUCCUAGGUACCUGUGUAUCAAGAACUGUUGGUAUGUAUUGCUAAUUUGCAUACAAAGAGUUUGUCUGCAUUGUACAGUUUUUGUGUUUAAUAUCAUUUGUUGUAUUCACAAAUACAACAUAUUGAAUAAACUAUAUGAAGGCAUAUUAAACAACAUCAAACAACUUUAUGUAACAAAAUGGCAUUGCAUCACCCACCAAUAUAUAGAAAUGUCAUGUAAAUAAGUUGGUAAACUCAAUUUUCCCCUUUACCAUGCCAAAGAAAAUUUUAGCUCUUUGUUGAUACCUCUCUUGCUAUUUGUUUGGGAUAAGACUUCACCACUUUUUUCCCUCAGAAAUUAAGUUUGCUGUUAUUAAGUAAGUGCAAUCUGUCACUACUGAUGUUCCGUAUAGUAAAUCUGAUGGAAUUCA